AGCCUCCAGUUGAUCAAAAACCGUUUCAGAAAUUACAGUUUCUGAAGCUCAAAAUCAUGGUGCCUGUAAAUUAGGAACCUGUUUUCAAGUUUCUCCUUAUUCAAUUACAGAGCACACUUCCAGUUUCCUUCUCAAAAUUAAUCUAAAUCAAAUGUCUAAUCACUCCUUCUUCUUGUUCUUCUUGUUCUUCUCUUUUGCAGAUGGGGUUCAGUUGAUCAUAGUGAACAACUGUAAGGAGAGCAUAUGGCCGGGUAUUUUAGGAAACGCCGGCAACCCACUUCCCAGAGACGGUGGAUUUCAUCUCUCAACUGGAGAACAGACGGUGGUUGAACUGCCGGAGAGAUGGUCCGGCAGAGUCUGGCCAAGACAGGGCUGUUGUUUCGACCCAAAAACCGCCCAAGGUUCCUGCCAGACCGGCGACUGUGCUGGACUCCUCAAUUGUAGCGGAAUCGGCGGCGUACCGCCGGCGACGGUGGUGGAGAUGACGUUGGGGACUUCGAAGUCGUCGAUGCAUUACUACGAUGUGAGUCUGGUGGAUGGAUUCAAUGUUCCGGUGGCGAUGGCUCCGAUCGGCGGGAACGUUGGGUGUGGGGUUGCGGCGUGUGCGGCGGAUCUGAACCGGUGCUGCCCAUCGGUGCUGGAGGUGAAGAGAGGGGGGAAAGUGGUGGGGUGUAAAAGCGCUUGUUUGGCUGCGAAAUCGGAUAAGUAUUGCUGCAGAGGGGAAUAUGCAGAUCCCAAAAUUUGUAAGCCAUCGAUUUUUGGGCAUUUGUUUAAGGCCAUAUGCCCCAUGGCUUAUAGCUAUGCUUUUGAUGAAUCUACCGGGCUUAAAAUGUGUAGGGCUCCUCGAUAUGUCAUCACAUUUUGCCCUCCGAGUCCUAUAUGAAAUACCCUUUGAUUUGAGCUGUCAAACCUCCACUCUUUAAUUGCUGUUUUAGAACCAAUUUGAAUUUGUUCGUAUGACA